AUGAGCGGUUCGUACUACUCGCUGCUGGGCAUCAACCCGUCUGCUUCGACUGAAGACGUUCGCUCAGCCUAUCUCGCCCUUGCGAGGGUCAAUCAUCCGGAUCGAGCACCGUCAGAACAGCGGGAAGAGGCGACCAAGCGCUUCCAGGAACUCGCGCGCGCCUACGUCGUGCUUUCCGACCCGGCUAGCCGAGAAGUCUACGACCGCACACUCCUCGCACCAGCUUCUCCGGAGGCACAAGCCGGCGCCCUCGUCCCCUUCGAACCGCCUCAGUCUCGCUCAUCCUCCUCGCAACCGUCGAGACCCGCCCCGCAGCCUCGCUCUUACACCUCAUCCAUCGCGGAGAGUGUCUUCCCAGGUUACCGAAUACCUCCGGGCGGCUACCCGCGAGCACACCAUCCGCCAACCUCCCAAACUCGCUUUCCUCCUGCCGCCUUCGACGUUCCCGCCGCACUCAACCCCUUCACCGGACUCUCCUCUCCUCUGUCCGCCUCAUCGCCGCGCUCGCACUCCGGUCUAGCCCUUCAGCAGUCCGAACCGCUCGACGACGCCUUGAUGGCACUCUCCCUGCGCGACCGCGAUCGGUACUACCUCGACAGGCGCGACGACUUUGACGACCGCUACAGGCACAAUCGGCCGGGAGACUGGGAGUGGAUUGAUGACGGAAGGGGCGGAGGACCCUGCAAGACCGCGAAGAAGGAGUGGGGCGAGGUGAAGAGGGAGUGGAAUGGCGACAAGGUCGCCAUCUCCGGCAAGGACGAGGUGUCGACUUGCGCAGACGGCGGGAUACGGUGGAGGAGUGAGUCGACGACAGUCGUGACCCACUCGUCGCACCACUCGCAUCAUCACGGACACCGCUGCUCGCACUCGCACCCUCGCCCUCUCCCCCUUCUCUCGCCUCCCGGCCAUCUCCCUCUCCCGCACCACCACCGCCCGCCUUCGCCGCACUUCCAUCGAUACAAGUACCCACACGGGCACCAUCAUCACGGGUACAGGCCCUCCCAUGACCCGUUCUACUCCUCGUCGCCGCAUCUUCUCGACUAUCGACGUCCGCCGACCCCGCUUCACGGCUUCCACCACGAUCGCCACGUCUACCGUCCCGACCACGGCUACGGACGUCGCUAUCCGUACGGCUACGAUAGUCCGCUGUUCGGCAGGGGCGAAGAGAUCGAGCUGGAGAGGAAGGUCGAGAAGAAGAGGAUCCGUGAGGGAGUCGUGUGA